AUGGUGAGAAACUUGAAACAUCACGAGCAGAAGCUUCUAAAAAAAGUCGAUUUCCUCGACUGGAAACAAGACCAAGGUCAUCGCGACACUCAGGUGAUGCGAACUUACCAUAUCCAGAACCGAGAAGACUACCACAAGUACAAUAGAACAUGCGGCGAUAUUCGGAAGUUGGCGAACAAACUAUCGAUGUUGAAACCAACUGACCCCUUCCGCAUCAAACACGAACAGCUCUUGUUGGAGAAAUUGUACAACAUGGGGGUAUUGGCGACCAAGUCGAAAAUCAGCGAUUUGGAAAAUAAAGUGACGGUCUCGGCAUUUUGCCGGAGGCGAAUCGGGGUCGUCAUGUGUCGGUUGAAAAUGGCCGAGACGCUAACUGACGCAGUUAAAUUUGUCCAGCAGGGGCAUGUGCGGGUAGGGCCCAACGUCAUUACAGAUCCGGCGUACUUGGUGACGAGAAACUUGGAGGAUUACUUGACUUGGGUCGAUACUUCCAAAAUCAAGAGGAACUUGCUUAAAUAUAGAAACAAGAUUGAUGAUUACGAGUUGUCUUGA